UCUCAGUCAUUCAGUUAAAAUCGGUCGCAAUAUGUUGCUAAAAACAGUUUGCUUUGUCUUAAUAAUAAAUAUAUUAUUUUCAUUCUCAAGUGGAACUCGAAUUUCCGAUCUUAAUUUGACGAAUUUACUUCUAUCAGUAAACUCUCACCUAACCGAGAUUAGUUCGGCACAGGGCAAUUUGAUAGAUAGAAUUGUUAAGGAGUCGGAUAUAAAAUCCUUAAAAGCGGAGCUGGAACAACUGAAGAUAGAUGGAGUUAACAAGGAAUCUAAAAUACAAUAUCUUACAGUGGAGCUGGAACAACAGAAGAAGGAUAAAGCUGAUAAGGAAGAGGAUAUUAAACUUCUUCGAGCAGACAUUCAAUCUGUUAAAGAGGAGCUGGAGCUACAGAAAAAAGAUGGAGUGGAUAAGAAGUCGGAUAUUAAACAACUCAAAUCGGAGCUGGAAAAGCAGAAGAAAUGUGAUGUCGACAAUCAAUCUCUCCAAGCGGACCUAGAACGUUUUAGAAAGUUGAUAAAUGGACAUUUCAACCCACACAAUUGUGCCGAGGCCAAGUUUAAUGGAGUCAACUAUAUACUCCUAUCCAACUUUAGUAGUCAACCUUUUAAAGUUGCCUGUGAUGCGUAUACUCGUGGAGGAGGCUGGACAGUUAUCCUUAAAAGGAUGGAUGGAAGUGUCAACUUCUAUGGGAAUUGGACUGAAUACAAAGAGGGUUUUGGAGAUUUGGAAGGCGAAUUCUUCUUAGGUUUGGAUAAAAUACACGCACUAACUGCACACAGGAGACAAGAGUUACUUGUGAUUCUUGAGGAUAGUGAAGGAGAUGAACGAUUUGAGACGUACGACGACUUUGCAAUUGGUAAUGAAGAUCAACAAUAUAAAUUACACACUCUGGGCAAAGCCAAUGGAACUGCAGGAGAUUCACUCUCAUAUCAUCUUGGCAUGAAAUUUAGCACGUUUGAUCGGGAUAAUGAACCUUGGAAAGAUAACUGCGCUGUAAAAUGCAGUGGUGCCUGGUGGUACAAUACAUGUCACUUUAGCAAUUUGGGUGGGAGAUAUAAUGACAACUCCCUAGACAAUGGCAUCAUUUGGGAGACUUUUCGGGGUAGGAAAUAUUCCCUAAGAAGAGCCGUAAUGAUGAUACGGCCUAGAAACUAAUAUUAAGUGUCUAUUGUAUCCAAGCUGUUAAUCAGAACAAUUUAAUAUCUUAAAAGAUUGCUUACUCAUUUAAGUAAUGUACAUUUUCUAGAAAUUUGAAAUAUGUAAUUUCCGUUCUCUCUUUGCGUACCAAAUAAAAAUAAAAUUUUAAUUUAUGCCAAGAAUA